AUGACGCGCUUGAAACAAGUGACUGAGCAAGAGCUCGUCGUGGAUGCCCAAGAAUUGCUGCGCAGUCGCCAAGAACUCAAGGAUCGCUUGGCUCAGUGCUUGCCCCAUGUGAGCGACAACGUCCGAGACGUUGCUCAAACCCUACAGCCACCCAGUGUACUCAAGACGCAGACCAAGUUUACAACCACGUGCGCGUUUUUGAUUAGCGAUGCGCUGGCACUCUUCCUGGAUCCCCCCACGGUCACGGUCAGCGUCAUCAACGAGAGUCAGGCCAUUGACGUUAAUGAGCGCAACCAAGCCGGCCUUUCUGGUUUGCAACGCCAGGACGCAGUAGGCGAGAGUGGAGGCUUGCAGAACAACCAAAAGGUGCUGGGCAGUGCGUCGGCUGACGGCGUCCUUCAAGCUGCCUUUAAAACAUUGUCUCUCAAAAAGAUUCGUCGCUCUGACAAGGGCGAGUCUGAUGUGAGCGUGACGGACGAAAAGUUUAGCCUGUGUUAUUCCCUAACGCUCACUUUGAGUCAAGGCGAUGUGGUCUUGAAUUUGCACAAGCUAUCGGCCCCUAUCGUCGUCGUGGUACAUGGCAACCAGCUUCCGAGCGCCGAGGCUACCAUCAUGUGGGAUCGGGCCUUUGCCCUGCCCGCUCGCACGGGAUUCCAAGUCGACGCGGUGGUGCCCUGGAACAGGGUGUGCCACGCGCUGUCGGCCUACCAUAAACACCAAGUCGGCGUCAGCCUCAACUCGGAUCACUUUGUUUUUCUAUCCCAACUCGCAGGCCAAUCCCCGGAUAACAUGGUUUAUCCCUGGCCUCUUUUGGCCAAGGAACCGCUGGCGGGUCGCACCUUCUCGCUUUGGGAGUGGUUCUACAACAUUUGCGAGCUGAGCCGCAAAUUUCUCAAGCCCGUGUGGGAGGCUGGUCUUAUUCAUGGCUUCAUCAGCAAAGAUCGCAGCGAGGAGUUGAUGAUGGACGCUAGCCCUGGCAGAUUCUUCAUCUGCAGCCAUGGCAACUUAAGGACUUUGCCAUCCGUAACUUGCCCGAGCGCAUUCUUGAUUUGGAUGACCUCACCCACCUUUACCCGGGUCGUCCAAAAGAAGAUUCCUUUGGGCCCCUCAUCACGCCCGUCACCAAGGUUGAAAAGAAAAAGGCGUCAGGAUAUGUGAUGGCGGAUAUCGCCGCCGUCAUCCGACAGAUGAACACAGGUCUGCGCUUCGAAUCACGCCCCCAAUCCAGUCUGGAUAACAUGGACGGAGGCGGUCCGGCCAAGCGUAGCGUACGCCGUGACACCUCGCGAGCCUCGCACACGUCGGGCCGUGACGGCAUGGACAGCCGUAUGAGCAGCGCUAUGAGCCCCGCUACACCCAUGAGUGCUGUGGGUGGUGCCGCAUCGUCCGUGCCAGUCGGAUUGUCAGCCAGCGGCAUGGGUGCGACCUCGCAUUUGUCUCAGCCGCGCCAUCAGGAGCAGCAACUGUUCAUGCCUCAACAAGGGCAACAUCAACACCAACAACAAUCGCUUUCACAGCAGCCAAACAUGGGCUAUGGUGGCUAUGCAGGUGCUGCCAUGCAUUCACACCCCCAGUCGGCUGGUAUGCAAGCACAGUCGACAUAUGUGACGCUGCCAAGCAACCUGGGCAACAUUGCUUCACUCAAUCCCGCGUUGGCAUCUGGCAACUUUGACUGGGCCAACAUGGACGAUUUUUUCAUGGGUUUGCAACAAAACGUCCCUGCAGGUGCGCCGCCCACCACCUCUUCCUUUGAAGCCUUUACGUCCAGUUUGAUUGGACGGGGUGGCAUGAAUCAAGGUCAACCCACCUCUUCUGCGCCGGCGCCUGGUGGCGGUUCGACGGCCGUAUGAACCCGGCCCCCUUUGCUAGUCACCUGCGCGUUCCCUGCUCUCCGUUGCCCUUUGACCUUUUGCGCAUCCACUAUCCCUCUUUCUUUCUGUGUUGGUCUUUCAAAAUGAGGGUCUUGUCUGUUGUGAUCCCUGCUUGAUACCCGGGAUUGUUUGUUCAUGAUCAUCAGUUCUGGAUUUAAACCUGCCUUAGAGUCUUUUACUUGCUUCUUUCUGUUGCUGUUUCUGCUACUUUUUUACCCCCUCCCUACCUCGCCUCCAAAGUUUCCAGUUCCAGCGUGUUUGUGGAUGAAUGUGUGGCAUGUUUUGUUUUGUUUGUUUUUUGCUUUUUACGUUUUGCAUCGUGCAAUGCCGCCUGCCUUACUUGUGUCGUUCCAGUCAGUGUUUUUCACCUUUGUGUUUGACUGCAACCCUUGCCUUUUUGUUUCUGUUUUGUUUUUUGGCCUCUUGCCAUUCUGUCAAUUUAUCCCCAUUCAGAA